AAGACCCCGAGCGAGUCCUGGACACUGGAGCGGCGGGGAGCUCGGGAGCGUGCCUCGAUCCCGCGGAGAGAGAGAGAGAGACUCCAAGACACCCCUUGGGACACUUAAAUGUUCUAAGUUGUCGAGCCACGGGAGUUAGGAUCACUUCUAAAGUUCGCCUCCAGCAGGCGACACGAGGACCUGGUAAGGGAGUCGAACCUACAGCCCCUUCGCUUGGGGGCCACUCAACAGGUGUGUCCCCACGUGUCUCAGAGAGACGUUCCACCAGCCAUGCUCAUCCACCGCCCGUGGCUCUGCCGACUGCUGCUGCUGCUGAUGAUGAUCGCUGCCCUCUGCCGCCGCCGCUGCUGCUGCUGCCGCCAGCCGGAGCCGUCUGACUCCCGCAGCCCCUCGAGGUCGAUCAUUCACGCAGCAGAUCGCGUCUCAAGGCCACUCGUAGCGCCAUGCGAAGAGGUGGACGAGGCAGCGUCCUCACCUCCUCAACUCCACCACCACCACCUCCUCCUCCUCAUCCUCCUCCACGACCACCACCCUCGCUCCACCUUCUCCGCCAGCAGCGAGCAGCCCACGGAGUUGCCUCGAGGCGCCAGCCAAACCUUGCGACGCAGCCCUCGCCAGAAGCGCCGUGCGUCCCCCUCCUCCGCGCAGCCGGCCCACGUGCAGCAGCUGCACCACGGCGGCAAGGGGGGGGCCCUGUCCAGCGGCUGCUCCUUGAGCUCGUGCCAAGUGCAGAAUCUGAGCCACCGCCUCUACCGCCUGCUGGGCAAGGGCCGCGGCCCCGAGACGCAGCGCUCCGCCGGGAAGGCCACGCGGAGCCCCAACAGCUUCGGGCGACGCCGGAGGAGGAGGCGGCGGCGGCGGCGCUCGGCGACUCGAGUCGUGGCCGCGUGGCCUCGCGAAGGCCGCCGGCGGUGGCGGUGGCAGCGGUGACUGUGGCAGCGGUGGCAGCGGUGACGGUGACGGUGGCAGCGGUGACGGAGGGAGGAAGAAGUUGAGGAGGAGGAGAGGGAACGGCGCGUCGGACAAAGGGCCGGGAGGAGGAGGCGGUGGCCGUCUGUCUAAAAACUUUUCGACAAUAAAAUUUGUCUUCUUGGUUCUUUCGGUAAAGUCAUCACGUAGAAGAGAAGUAAUGAAAUAAUAAAAAUAAAACAUGAUAAAAUACAAUUCUCACGACGUUUCGGCCACAACGCAAGCAGCCGUGCUCAGGUGGAGAACAGGUCUGUCGGAAGGACAGCGUCUGAAAUUUUUUUUUUUAACCCCGCGCUAAAUGAGUUCAAGCUAUCGAUUUCGGGUUCGGUGAUCCUGUACUUGCUCUAUUGCUAAAGUACUAUACCGCCUUCGACUUUUAUGAACGACCGGGCGUUUGAGGUUAGAGAUGUGUCGUAUUACCCGGGCUGUAUAGCAAAUGAAAAAAUACAAUUACUUUACUGUGCAAGUAAAAAAAAUUAUGUUUUAAUAUUAACGUGUCUUUUUUAUAUCUAGGGCCCCUGUAUAACAUAUGCUGCAGGCCCCGCACUAGCUUAACCCGGCACUGGUUGGGGCACUGCCUGAGAUGGUUGAGACGUUUGGUGGAGACUCGUUUGCGUGUUUCACGCAGAGCACUUGAUCAUCAUCAUUGCAAGGCCCGCACCGGGCCUUAGUGGCCUUCUCUGCAGCCUCCUGACGUGCAGCCAACCCCGACACAACGACACAAUAAGUAAUAUCUUAAAAACUUUUUAAAAAAUACGCUUGAAUGAAAUGUACCGUACUGGUAAUGGCAGAACUCCACGACUCCAGGAAGUGGCCCCGAAGCUUGCCACAACGUAAGGGCCGUGGUGAUUUACAGCCAACGUGAGUUGAACGUGGACAAUUAGACCCAAGCCGAAACAUAACAUGUUAAAAAGUUUGUUUAAAAUUUGUAUUUGUAUUUUUCAUGAUAGAAUAUAGUAUUGUCAUCAGUAUGGCAUAAGUAUACCAAGUUUGCAGUCGAUAUCACAUUGGGAAGUGGGUUAAAAUUUACUUACAAGAUUUGAGGAUACGACAACAGAGUGAGUUAAAUAAAAGCGUGUAAUAAUAAAAUAUAAUAGAUCACGAAGUUUCGAUCGCAACACAAGCAAUCGUCAUCAGGUGAGAACUACAGCAAGAAAAAACUUCUGAAAA